CACAGACUCUUCACUAUUACCCAUCUCCCAGCUUUCUUCUUGUUCUUGUUCUCUCUUAACAACUCAUUCUUAGACACCAAAAUUCUCCAGCUAGAUCCAUGAAGAAAUCCGGGUUCUUCGUGGCUGCUUCCGCCGCCGUCGUGUCCUCAUACUCUUCUUCCUCCGAUUCCAAGAUUCACUUCUCCCGUCAGGAAGAUCAUGUGUCGGGAGGAUAUACGGAUGAGUUUUCUUGCACAACACAAACACAAGAAGAGCAGAAACAGAAGCAGAUCAAGAACAGCAAGAGCUCGGACGAUAAAUUCGCGCCGAGGUUCGAUGGAUUGAGGUUUAUCGAAACUCUGGUCACCGCUCACAGAUAAUAUUUGUCACUUGUCAUGAACUUUUCAUCUCCAAAAAAAAAAAAGAAAAAGAAAUGGUUGAUUGAGUGAAUCAUCCCCCCAAUUAAAUCAUAUUUAACUGAUUUAUUACUUAAUAUUAUAUUUAGACAGUUUUUACUGUUUAUAUGAAUCACUACUUGCUUGUCUUACAUGGCUGUGGUAGUGAAAAUGAUUCCUCCAAUCAUAUUAUUGUUACACAGAUACAAUAUUUCUGCUGUAAUUUCAUUUUUGAAAUUUUACCUCUCUGUAUUUUCAUUAUCAUUAGUCAAUGGAACCAUUCUCUCUUAGCUCUAA